AUGUCUCAAAGAAGUGAUGGGCAUGUCCCAGCUGAGGAAAGCGACUUGCUGCUGAUAAAACCGCUUGGUGCUGGACAGGAAGUUGGCCGGUCGUGCAUUAUGUUGGAAUUUAAGGGAAAAAAGAUAAUGUUAGAUUGUGGUAUUCAUCCUGGAUUAUCAGGAAUGGAUGCAUUGCCUUAUGUGGAUUUGAUAGAGGCUGAUGAAGUAGAUUUAUUAUUUAUUUCGCAUUUCCAUUUAGAUCACUGUGGAGCACUGCCAUGGUUUCUUAUGAAAACCAGUUUCCGUGGGCGUUGUUUCAUGACACAUGCUACCAAGGCGAUAUACAGAUGGAUGUUAUCGGAUUAUAUUAAAAUCAGUAACAUAUCCACUGAACAAAUGCUUUAUACGGAAGCUGACUUAGAGGCAUCCAUGGAAAAGAUAGAAACUAUUAAUUUCCACGAAGAACGCGACGUCAUGGGUGUUCGAUUUUGUGCUUAUAAUGCUGGGCAUGUCUUGGGUGCUGCAAUGUUUAUGAUUGAAAUUGCAGGUGUAAAGAUUCUGUACACUGGCGACUUUUCUAGGCAAGAAGAUCGACAUUUAAUGGCUGCUGAAAUACCUAAUAUGAAACCAGAUGUUUUAAUAACCGAAUCAACGUAUGGCACACACAUUCAUGAGAAACGAGAAGAUAGAGAAAAUCGAUUUACAUCUCUAGUGCAGAAAAUUGUUACCCAAGGUGGUCGAUGUUUAAUUCCCGUAUUUGCUUUGGGAAGGGCCCAGGAACUUUUAUUAAUACUAGAUGAAUACUGGUCACAGAAUCCUGAGCUUCAUGACAUACCAAUUUACUAUGCAUCGUCGCUGGCUAAGAAAUGUAUGGCUGUAUAUCAGACAUAUAUUAAUGCUAUGAACGACAAAAUUCGACGUCAGAUUGCAGUGAAUAAUCCAUUUGUAUUUCGUCACAUAUCAAAUCUAAAGGGUAUCGAUCAUUUUGAAGAUAUUGGCCCAUGUGUAGUAAUGGCAUCCCCGGGUAUGAUGCAAAGUGGUCUAUCAAGAGAACUAUUUGAAAAUUGGUGUACAGACCCGAAAAAUGGUGUAAUAAUCGCUGGUUAUUGUGUUGAAGGAACAUUGGCAAAGACUAUACUUUCAGAGCCGGAGGAGAUAACAACUUUGUCAGGACAAAAAUUGCCCCUAAAUAUGUCUGUUGACUAUAUUUCUUUUUCGGCGCACACAGAUUACCAACAAACGAGUGAAUUUAUACGUCUCCUGAAACCGCAACAUGUGGUUUUAGUUCACGGCGAGCAAAACGAAAUGUCAAGACUAAAAAUGGCCCUACAACGAGAAUAUGAAGCAGAUCCUAAUAUAGACAUUAAAUUCUACAAUCCACGAAACACGCACUCUGUGGAAUUAUAUUUCCGAGGAGAAAAAACAGCUAAAGUUAUGGGCACAUUAGCUGCAUCUAAACCAGAAAUAGGAAAUAAAUUAUCCGGUGUUUUGGUUAAACGGGAUUUUAAAUAUCACCUACUCUCCGCUUCGGACUUGUCAAAAUAUACAGAUAUGAGUAUGUCUGUUGUGACUCAACGCCAAUCCAUACCAUGGAGUAGCUCCUUGAGUACUUUGCAAUUACUUUUGGACCGCAUUGGUGGUGCUGGCACUGUUCAGGUAUUGGAGGUUGAUAAACGAAUUCGAGCAUUUAACUGUAUAGACCUUAUCGUGGAUGCAAAAAUUAUUGUAAUGGAAUGGCAAGCGACACCAGUUAACGAUAUGUUCGCUGAUUCUGUUCUUGCAUGUAUUAUGCAAACGGAAAUGGGGGGAACCAACAUUAAGGGCACCACUGGUCAAUCAACAUCCGAGCGAACACAUUUCAAGGAAUGUCUUUUAGAAACACUGCAGGAUACAUUUGGCGAUAAUUGUGUUCCAAAAAUGUUCAAAGGUGAUGUAUUACCUGUUACCGUUUCUGAUAAACACGUGGAAGUCAAUCUGGAAACUCUGGCUGUAACUAGCAACGAUGAUGAGAAUUUACGGCAAAUUGUUAAUACUACUGUUCAAAAGUUAUAUCAAGCGCUAGUAUCCAAUACGUAACAUAAACAAAA